GCUUUUCCUUUACCUUCAAGUGGACCUCCCUUUAUGUGCCACCCACCCGUGAAAGGAACGAAAACAACAAAGCAUAAAACGCAACAUAAACAAAAGUUGCCCAGUGGGUUAUCAACAUUUCAUUUCGAUUCUGAAUUAAACAGUGCCAGCAGAUUAAAUUACUUCUGUCAGUUCGAGCAAUUUGCACUGUAACGAAAGUAAUGAUUUUCGGUCUUUUCGACGAUAACAUUGUUUUAUGACUGUAAAUUCAUAAGGUUUUUAGUUCAUUGCUCUUAGCAUUUAAUUUGGUCAUCUACAAUCCAUGUUCUAAUCCGAUUACAGAUGCGAAUUCACAGUCUUCAAAAAACGUUUCGAAGUGUGAUUUACUAAAUUUGUAUGGCAACAGUGUUCAGGAUGACAGUGCGUGAAAACUCCCAUCAGUCCCAUCAACGAACAAAAGUCGGAGAAAAAUUUCCUUCUUACGACAGUUUUUUGCGAAUUUUUGUGCAAUAAAACAUAUCAAAUCGGUUUUCCAUUGAAGUUUCUGGCGUGAAAAGUGGAGCAAUUGCGUUUGUGCAUGCAUGUGAUAGUGAAAAUUCAAGUAUACUGGUGAAAAAAGAGUUUGCAUCUGAGUAGGGUGCAACAGCGAGACGGACAUCGCGACCCCCUCCGAGAAAGCUUUGAGUUGGAGAUGAAAAUUUACAAACGGAUCCGUGGGCAAUGAAACAGAAACUGAGCAUAUUUAGUGAAUGUUAUUAGUUUACUUGUGUAAUCAAUACAUUAAAAUGCAGAUCUAAACGACAAACUAGUUAAAAAGGUAGCAGCAGUCAGUAUUGUAUCUAUCAUGCAAGACAUGAGCAGUAAUCCCCCAUCAGUGUAGUGAACGAACGAGCGAUAUGGAUGAACCGGUGGAGGAAUCAUCGCCGCCAUCGUCUAACAAGCAUCGCUGUAGGAUAAGACCGUCACCGGUUUCGGCGUUAUAUAAACAUAAUUUCAACGCACCGAAAAUGCUGUUCCUGCUGCUAUUUUGUAGUUCACCAUUGGUCACGAUUGCACUCUCGUUGACAAAGAAUUCACAGCACCAAUCGUGUGACAAAUCCCGACGAGUAUUCACCGAACCGUAUGGUGAGAUUAGCGAUGGCCCAUCCGGCUAUAAUUACACCCAAGAUUCCCACUGCGAAUGGUUGAUCCGGGCGCAUAAUGAUAGCCAGUUCAUUACGCUAACGUUUCGCAGCAUGGGAACCGAGUGUUCAUACGACUACAUCUUCAUAUACGAUGGCGAUUCGUUUCGGUCUCCCCUUUUGGGUAGUUUCAGCGGGAAAACAGAACCACAGCGAGUAUUGGCUGCAUCUGGAAGUAUGCUCGUACUGCUCUACAGCGACACCAACUACGUACUGGAAGGAUUCAAGGCGGAGUUUUCUGUAACAAAUUGUCCUAACAAUUGCACAAACCACGGGAAGUGCGUCGAUCACUCGUGUGUGUGCGAAGACAAUUGGAUCGGGCUGGACUGCAGUCAGGAUGCAUGUCCCGAUAAAUGUGGACAAGACGAAGGCAGAGGGAAAUGCGCAAAUGCGAAAUGUGUUUGUUCAAGUGAAUAUUCCGGCCAGUCCUGCAGCCUGCAAAAAAGCCAUCCGCCCCCGAACGAGUGGCAUUGGCUCUCCAACUCGAAAAAUGGCCUCACACCUCGAGCCACUCAUACGGCCGUAUAUUACGGCCCAACGGAUUCACUCUACGUAUUUGGCGGAUACAAUUUGAACCACGUGUUGGACAGCCUGCAAAUCUACCGAUUUUCGAAAAGUCACUGGGAAAACGAAUGGGGACUGCGGAUCAGCAGCGAAGAUUUCGACACGUUGGACGGACGAUCUCCGAUGGGAGUGUGGCUUUCGGAGGAAUCCAGUGGACCGAACUUUUUCAACAAUGUUAUUUAUUCGUUGGCCGAUAAUAGGACGGGCCCUUUCGGACGGAUGUACGCAAAUAGCAGCAGACCAACUGGACGAUAUGGACAUGCGGCGUGUGCCGUAGAAGAUGGAUUCGUGAUUUUUGGGGGAAAGUUGGCCGGAGGGCGUUUAUCGCACGACUUUUGGCUGUAUAAUAUUAGCCAUAACAACGGAACCUGGUCGGAGAGAGCGAAGAUGUCGUCUUUUAAGCCGCCAUCGUUGACGAGGCAUACGUUAACGUUUGCCAAUGGCUACAUCUACGUGUUUGGAGGUGCUUUAGAAAGUGGCGAAUUUUCGUCCCGUUUAUUUCGAAUAAAACUAUCGGCAAAUCCGGUUGAAGAGCAGUGGGAGGAAGUUAUCCCGCGCGGUGGAAAGACAUUGGACCUUCGCAUUGUUGCACACACGACGUCCUAUCAUAGACACAGUAAAUCGUUGAUAGUAUAUGGUGGAGUGGUGGCAGGAGUGGCUCGAUUUUCAAAGCUUUCGGAUCGCAUGUUUUCGUUUCAUCUAGAGCAUUUGCACUGGGCUGAAAUAAUGUAUCCACGCACUCCUCUGCGGGAUGCUUACAUUCCUCGGGAACGUGCAUUCCAUACAACCACAAUAAAUGGAAACUAUCUUAUCGUAUUCGGCGGCUAUACGCAUCGUCAUAAUAAGGAAGAGAUCUGCUACGACAAUCAAAUGUACUUGUACCAUUUGGGCUGCCACAAUUGGGUGAAUCAGGAUGUACUAGGGACGAGUCGACAUGAACGUUAUCCGAAGCAGCAAGGUGUAUUUGCCCAUGCAGCAGCGCUAAGAAACGGGAACACUUUGUUUCUGGUGGGCGGAUACCAUGGAAAUGUGAAUGGAGACCUGCUGGCGUACACUCUGCCACCACUUUUGAUUGUCGAUAAUGAAGAAGACUUUGAACCAGAAGCUGCAUGUCCAAAGCACACUUCCGUAACGGAAUGUCUUUCGGAUCCGGAAUGCGGAUGGUGCUCAGCAGAUAACGUUUGUUACGGUCGAACGAUUGGCGCCAACUGUACUACCAACUUACAAACCACAAGAUGUCGCGGAAUAUGUCCUGCCCUCGGCGAUUGCCAUUCCUGCUUGAUUCACGGAUCAGCCGCCAAAGGAAGCUCCAAGUCAGUUUCCAACAAGUUGGGGUUCGAUCGCUGCACUUGGUGCGUUCAAAAUGCCAGAUGUCAUCACAAUAACGACAACUACGGUGUUUGCGGUGAAGAUACACCUUCGCAGAAUCCCGGCUGGUGGGGCGCCAAAGGCACGGAAGUCUUGUCUCCGGAUCAAUGUACUCAGAAGGACACUCGACCAGGGCUCACAUUUCUAAAAUAUCUCGACCCCGUCGACUGGUCGAUGCCCGAUUCGGUAAUGGUUGUAAACGCUACCAUGGUAGAUUUCAAUGUCCCCUCCACUACCACACAUGCGGAACAAUCUUUCAAUGGGCAGGUUGUGGCAAGAUUGCUGGGUUUCAUUCGCCCUCCUGUAGUUUGGGAAGGAGCUGGAGAACGCCUGCGUGCUUGCGCAAGCUAUUCACAGGCUGUUCUACGCAUGGCCUCAACUGAUCUGAGCAACACGAAUUCCCGCAAAAAAGUUAUUCCCGUUGUCACGGCGAACAUAACAGCCGGUCAAAACGUUUGCGAAAUGGCCCAAUGGAGGAGUCUGGAACCUCGCUUCCGUGUCAUGGUCGAUUUUCAAGCCAAGCGGAGCACCACGGUUAACAUUCAAAGCCAUCACCAGCAAAUCAGUAAAAUGGGACUCCAACACAGCGCCAUCGGGCAAGAAAACCCCAAAACCUUCACGUUUGAAUUCCUAGAACCGUUUUCUAAUGGGUCGUGUAGUUCCUAUGGGAAUUGCUUGCAUUGUCUGUCCGACUCCCUGUGCGGAUGGUGUGAGCUAACCUCGCAAUGCAUUUCCCGUCUCGCGAAUGAAAGUUCCGCCUGUCGGAGAGGAUCAAACUGGCGCUAUCUUACCGUACAACCGGCCCAAUGUUCAAACUGUUCCAACUACAUCUCCUGCGAGCAGUGCAUCCAGACGGGACUUUGCGAAUGGUGGGCCGAAGAUGCUAGAUGUUCGCGAAAGGGAAGGUCCCUGACGGCGGUCAAAGAUUUAGACCACUGCCCGAUCCCUUGCUACCUGCGAACCAAUUGUUCGACAUGUUUGAACGAGCGGGGACGCUGCGUUUGGUGUGAAGCCACGAAUCAAUGCUUUAGUUUUUCCGUCUAUACAAGCGAAUAUCAGUUUGGGUUAUGUCGCGAAUGGCUGGAUCAAACAAUGCCUACGCCUACCACCGCAGGAAGUCAGCACGCCGGUCAACCGGCUCAGCAAUGCAAAUCAUGCAGCAGCCAUCGGAAUUGCACCCAAUGCCUACGCUCGCUCAGCUGCGGGUGGUGUUAUGACGUGGAUAAUCCCAUCGAAGGAGUUUGCAUGCAAGGAGAUUUCAAUCGAUCGUCGUACAGCUGCCAGGCUACGUUGAACACAACUGCCGGAAAAGAGCGAUGGUCUUACGCCCAAUGUCCGGACGUGGAUGAAUGUGAACUAGGACUUCACGAUUGUCAUGAGCAGGCUGAGUGUUCCAAUACACACGGUUCGUACAGUUGCCGUUGUCGGAAAGGUUACCUGGGAGAUGGAGUUCGGAAUUGUAUUCAAACGUGCUAUGAAACAUGUGUGCACGGAUACUGCUCCGGUGGUCCGGAUUAUAAAUGUCAGUGUGAUCUCGGAUGGACCGGAAUCGAUUGCAGUCAAAAUUGCGAAUGCAACAAUCAUUCUACCUGCGUUCAAGGGGUUGGAAAAUGCGAUAAGUGUAUGAACUGGACGGAAGGACAGUUUUGCGAACGUUGCAGUCCAGGAAGUUUCGGGAAUGCUACUGCGGAGCUGGGAUGCCAACCAUGCGAUUGUAACGGACACGGAAAUGAGGCGCUGGGUAUUUGCGAUUCCCAAACAGGUGAAUGUUACUGUCAGGACAAUACCGAAGGACUUAAGUGUGAAAUGUGCAACCGGAACUUUUUCGGUGAUCCCAAAGGAGGUGGCCAAUGCUAUUAUCAGUGCGAACCCCGAGGAGUGUUAACAAACGUUGGAACUGAAGGAAUUGGUUCCUAUCAAUCCCAUCGGUCUAUACGGGGAGGUACGGAAGCACGCGAAUGUUUAUGGAUUAUCAGCCCGUACGUGAAACACGGAGUAGAAUUGAAAAAUGCUAUUAUCCAGUUUGAAAUUGAACCGCAGGACAUGAACGUUACUUGUGGGCAGAAUGCAGUAUAUGUAUAUGACGGUUUACCGGAUUUAACGGGCGCCACCCAGCAGAAACAGCUAUUGGCGGUAUUUUGCAGCGAAGAUAAAAGCCCAUGGAUAACGGAAGCUCGAUCAGGUCAUCUAACGAUCCACUACAAACAAGGAGGUCACGGGCAAGGCUUCAAAGCAAUCUACAACGUGAUGAGCUGUUCGAUCAAUACGUGUAAGCGUCCGUACGUUUGCCACGCGGAUAAAUGUGUAUGCCCAAAGGGAUUUGCCGGACCUCGUUGCUCACUAAAAAUAUGUCCAUCGGACUGCAAUGCCGACCGGAAACAAGGUACAUGCGAUUCAGGCUAUGGACGUUGUGUCUGCACGACUGGCUAUGGAGGCCCCGACUGCUCACGCUCCAUUAAACCUUCAAAUGUUGUGUUCGUAGAACUGUUCAACUCAUACCUUAUUUCCGAUAGCUUCGAGCAUUUGCGCAAAACCCUGCCUCGGUUUGGUCAUUCUCUGGUCGCCGAUCGUCGCGGGUCGCUAUGGAUGUUCGGCGGAUAUUCAUUAUCCCAUGGUCCGCUGAACGACAUCCGCCAAUUUGACACCAAAAAUAAUACAUGGAUGCAGGUAACCGUCGAUUCCAGUCCAGAAGAUCGAAUGCCCCAGGGAAGAUACUUCCACGCCGCAGAAAUAAUCUUUUCAAAGCAGGCAAUCUAUGUUUACGGUGGGUUGUCCCGGAAUCAGUCAUCCCACCUGGUGCUGGAUGAUUUUUGGCAGUUCGGACUUCAAACGCAACGUUGGAGCAUGGUAACUCAAAAUGGAGCCAAACCUCCGCCACUGGCAGGUCACAGCAUGACGGUUGUAAAGGAAGCGGAUAAAGACGUUCUUCUAAUAAUCGGUGGAUUUUCAGUAGAUGGUGGCAUGCAAAAUCGCAUCUGGAUGUUUGACUUGGGUUCCAACAGCUGGUCUAAAAUUCUCACCACCGGAGCCAAACCUAUUGGAAUAUUUGGUCACAGCGCGGUUUGCCAUCCAACCAAGCAGAUUCUGUAUAUAUACGGCGGUAUUGUUUUUUCAUCUGGUAAGACCAAAGUGUCCAACAAGCUCUACGCAUUCAGUUACAAAACCCUAAAAUGGACCGAACUUCCAGUUUUUGCUAGCAAACCAACCGAUUACGUUCCUCAAACGCGUUACCUACAUUCCGCUGUGACGACGGAGAACUAUAUGUUGGUGUUUGGCGGCCGGUCACACCCUGGAAGUGCAGGAGAUGCGAUGAUAGCUUACGUCUACAAAUGUAAUCGGUGGCUGAGACUUGGUGCAGAUAUCGAGGUGAUUGGAAACCCUUUCGGGCAAACCUACGCCCAAGCGAUGACCCAAGAUCCAGAUUACGACGCAUUUUACGCCGUGGGAGGCUGGGAUGGCAGUAGCUACAGUCGUGUCACGAAGAUCAUCAUGCCGCAAGACUUGUGUGAUCUCUGGAGCAGUUCGAAGUACCACUGUCGGCAAUACAUGGGAUGCAGUUAUUGCGCGAUUACAACCAUGGAAGGAUCCAAAACUCAUUGUUACUCGGUGGGAAACUCGGAUGUCUGUGAUGCACAGAAUGGAACAUUGUCGUUCAACAACGGAGCACCUUGCGACGAUGAGUGGAUUUCGAAAAGGAACUGUUCCUUGUUUGAUACCUGCUCGACUUGUUUGGCAUCGUUUCCAUCUCACAUUGAAACCGAACCUGUCUGCCAGUGGUGUCCGGAAUGUGGCGUCCGCGGUAAAUGUCUUCAGUAUGAUAGCGAAUGUAUGGCAGACGACAAAUGCCAGUUCAACCACACGUCCAUCAUAGAUUUAGAUAGCUGUCCUGCCUUCAACUGUGCCGCAUCAGAUUGCGAGAGUUGCCAUACAAUGCCAAACUGUUCGUGGAUAUUCACCGGAAAGCACUUUCAAUGCCAGUUUCGGAACGAAUCCGAUAGUAACAAAAAACCUGCUGCAUGCCCUCCGAACUGCCACACCUACGUAUCCUGCAGUGCUUGCCUAAGUCAACCAUCGUCGGAAGGAGGAUACUCGGAUUGUCGGUGGUCUACCCAGUUAAACGAAUGUAUUUCUCCCAGUUAUCAACCUCUGUACUGUGCCGGUAGCAUCUGUGGCCUGGUGUUAGACCCCUCAAACAUCGAACAGUGUCCGGAACCGUGCGGUGCGUUUACCCAGUGUGCAACAUGCCUAAGGCAUGCCCAUUGUGGAUGGUGUUCUCGUAACGGAACUGAGGGCGAUGGCGUUUGUACCGAAGGGUCCCUGGAUAGUCCGGUAGAUUACCCGGCAGCCUCGACCUGUGACGUUAUCUACAGUGUCAAAAACAACAUCACCGUCAUCGAUCGGAACGACCGAUUCAGCUGGAAUUAUGUCAAGUGCCCUCCGGAGAACGAAUGUGCCAAUAGUCACCACAGCUGCAAUGUAAAGUCCGAACGUUGCGUAGAUCGACCGCAUGGCUACGAAUGCCAAUGUGCUGACGGAUACAAAUCCGAUGCUGGAGUUUGCAUUCCAGUAUGUCGUCAGGGAUGCGUCCGAGGACUUUGCACCGAGCCGGACAAAUGCGAAUGCGAUUUCGGAUAUGUUGGUGCCAACUGUAGUAUUCAAUGCCAAUGUAAUGGUCAUUCCAAUUGUGCUGGGCCGGAUCAGCUGGACACUUGCUUGCAUUGCCACAACAACACCCUAGGGCCACAGUGCGAAAAAUGUAUGCCAUUCUUUGUUCGGGAUCCCCGGAACAACGGCGAAUGCGUUCCAUGUAGCGAAUAUUGCUACGGUCACACUGACCUGUGUGUCGCGAAAGAGCUGGAACCGAUCGUAAAAAAUAUGACCAGAGCCGAAUUGAACAACCAUCUAACGGAAGGAUCCCAGUCGGAGGCAGUAUGUUUGCGAUGUGAAAAUUUCACCGAUGGAGAUCGCUGUGACACUUGCAUUCCGGGAUACUUCCGGGGUGCAACCAUUGCCAGCGAUUCGUGUCGACCUUGUCAGUGCCAUGGGCACGGAGAUAUGUGUGACCCGGUAACCGGCGAGAAGUGCAACUGUGGAAACAACACCGAAAGCGACAACACUUGCUCUGCGAAAGGGAAAAAUUUGGCGUACAGUUGUUGGUCGAUGCAGUGCACAAAAUGCAAGGAUUCCUACUCGGGUCAUCCGUCCAAUGGGCAUCAGUGUUACAAACACAUCACGGUGGAUUCCAGAAUGUGCUUCGAUGCCAAAACCAUCGAUGAGUGCAAAAUCAAACCACAGCCGCUUAAAUCCGGCCAAACAGUAUUCUUCGUCAUUCAACCACGUUACAUGAAUGUCGAUAUUAGAUUCAUUGUGGACGUAACGCAAGGCGAAUUAGACUUUUACAUGAGCCCCAACGACGAAUCCUUCGUUGUUCACGCGAAUGGCAGUUCCGGCCAUCAUGACAUCUUCUUAGACAACCGGUAUUCUUGGCAGCAUGACUUAGUUGAUGUUACAUCAGUGGAUACUUUAAAUCUGUAUCCACUCAACGUUCAUGGCAAUGGAUCCGACAUGAGUAUUGACCCAUCCAUGCCGAUUGGAUUGGGUACAUCCCAUUCCAACUGUCGAAUGGAUACGGAAAAAUUCUUUUUUGUCAAGGAUAAAAUUGCCAAGGACCUAAUAACGUACGUUACACUGUAUCAGUGUAAUUCCCUGCUGCGAGUGUUUAGUUUGAAGAAUCGUUUAGUAGUGACACUGCCCCAUACGAUACAUGCAUUGGGUCAGACCAAAUUUUACAUAGCUCUAAGAGCUCGCGCCGGUUCAACGGCCAGUUACGGUUUGGUAUUUUUCCGCCAGGACCAGCUCCACAUACAUUUGUUUGUAUUUUUCUCAGUAUUUUUUUCGUGCUUCUUCUUGUUCCUGGCGAUUUGUGUCCUCGCGUGGAAGGCCAAACAAGCGGCCGACAUGCGACGCGCUAGAAGACGUCAUGUGGUCGAAAUGUUGCACAUGGCCAAACGGCCUUUCGGUAGGAUAAACUUAACUUUAGAUAGCCCCAGUGAAACUCCGGCCAGUCAUAGAAAACGCAGCCGCAGUAAACACCUGGCUCAGGCUCAACAAUUGCAGCAGGAUAUAGCUCCGGUUGCGUUGGAGCCAACCGCGGACAACGUUGCCGCCGUCGGUACCGUCUUUGUACGUCUUCCAGGUAAACAAAAGUCACAGGUUACCCUUGCCCUGGCGUCGUCGCUGGUGGUCCUCACCCGGAACCAUACCACAUACAAUAGGGCAUUUCACAGACGGAGAGGUUCGUCGCACCACCACCAUCAGCAAGCUCAGCAACACCUACAGGGAGGCGGCCAGGCGCAACAGGUGCCACCGAUGUUUGUCGAUCUGCCACACGAACAAGUUCCACUGCAACCGAUGGCGUUGCACAGGCCACUAGAACGCAAUAAUUGAGGGCGACGGGACUUUGCAAAUAGCUAUUGUUUUUUUUUA